AUGGAAAGAUGGAAUCGUCUUACCAGAAGUAAUUUAAAUCUUACACACCCUCAUUUAUUGACGGAAACUACUAAUCCCCGAACUAGUGCCAGAUAUGCUGCCACAUUAAACAACUUCAACACUCCCCCAUCAAUAAUCGAAUACCAUACAAAGAAAAGGCGUGAUCGCCUUAAAAAACAACUACCUCCUAUUCCGCCAGAAAUAUUAGAUAGACGGAAAUAUAAUGUUGAUUCUAUUCCGCAAUAUAACGUCACCUAUACCAUGGCUAGAAACCUUCACCUUUAUAAAUAUCCCUUCCCUAGCUGUGUGGUCAUCGAAGAUGUCACGCAACAAGCUAACGCUAACGCCUCAUACUCUAUCUCCGACAAAGACCGCCAAUUUCUUACUCGUCCUGACGUCUUUUUACAUCGUACUCCUCCAGUGGACAAAGAUAACAAAUCAGAUAUGAGCGAUGAAUCGUUCAAAUCGGCUAUGGACAUGCCGAUGGAGAUUACUCCUCCGCCGACACCGGCGCAUAAUUAA